GGAACUAUAGAUACGACCACAUCGGAAGUGUUUAAUGGGCGACGUUGGGCGGGGGACAAUGGCUGCCCCAAUAAACAGUUAAUUACCGUCCAGGACUAACAUAGGUAUAACACGGUAAUGUGUGCCCUGCCUUGUACCACCACAUCCACCCGACGGUUAAACAAUGGGUAUCACCUUCCGGCCGUUAUACGGACCUGACACCCUUAGCGCACAUACAUACUAACGCCAUUGUUUUAAAUACUACAGGUAAUUCAAACCACAAACCGUACAAUGAUAUGUCUUUCAUAGGCUUUCCCCUGUAAAUUGUUUACUGCUGAAAUGAAAAGUUAUUCCAUUGUUAAAUCGAGCUUAAAUGUAUAUUUCGACCCGUGUAUCGAAACAAGAUCUGGAGUUAAGAUCGAAUGUGCCGUAUCGGUCACUGCUCUGAUCAAGAGGGCGUUUACUGGUGGCAACCCUACAUGUACAUGCAAUGAGAGAGAGAUGACGUUCUGAAGGAAAGACUGUCGACCUGUGCUAUCAUAAAGAAGAAAGUUACGAGAGGACAGAAGGAGGAUUAAGUAAGUGACCAAGUGCAGCCGCAAAUGCCAACCUCAAGCCAAGCGUUAAUCCUGUUGACCACUGAUGGCCGGACACCGGCGCAACAGGUCAUUCACCGGACUUUCCCACUGUGUUCCGUGCCCUAUCCUCUGACCAGUCAUGACAUUAAUGCCAAGUGUGUCCAGCUUGAUGACCAGAGCGAUGACGUGAUGGGGGACAUGUCCGUAUCUCGGCAAACUCGCAUCAAAUUUGGUGACGUUCUUAGCAGUCUACCUGACUUGUUAACCAUCAAGGGCUACCAGGGGGCGCUAGCUUACGAUGCCCAUUCGAAGGUCAUGAAAUGGAAAAUUGACACAGAAGUUCCUAGUAGUCGGAUGGAGGCUUUUAUUACCUAUCGCGGGGAUCCGGCAUUCAAACCCGACUACUUCCGGGACGAGAAGGUCAGACUUCCGUCUAUAUAUGACAAUGAAGACGAAGUAGAUGGCGACAACAAGCUUGAUGGAACCCAGACGUGUCGCUACACGAGGAACGUGUGGCGACCACCCAGUGAACAAAUCGACAAAAUGCCGGUUUCUUUCCCGUCCUUGAUAAAAACUGCGAUCGACCAAGAGACGUACGAACGACUCUGUAAUCUCGGUUUUAGACCAGAAGGAAACGGAAAAUCAAAUCCCACGAUGAAAAACGGGGUCCAAAGUAAACCGAACGGGAAACAUGAAACAUUACAGGCAUGGGCAAGUCCCGAGGACUACCAAGAAAACGAUUUCCGUUUGGAGGAUUUGAAUCUUCGUCCAAAUGGCAAAAACGCAUAUCACCUAAAAAUGUCACAGUUGCGGAGAGACGGAGGCACACUUCCGUUUCCAGACACAAUGCAGCCAGUGACGCUCCCUGGGCAUGCGCGAUCAGUUACAUUUUCUGACCAAGCGCAUGACGGAGUUGCAGUCGGAAAAACAGUAUAUAUUCCCAGUCAGGAAGCAUCCGAGACUUGUAUGCAAAGUACGGAAGUAUCUGGGACGUACAAUGGACACGGUUCAAGUUCUAUGAAGGAUUACAUGUCUGAAAGAAACAAAUUCUUUUCCAAGUAUGGAAAAUACACAACUGAUGUCGUAGCUGAAGAAUCGGAUGACGUCAUUAUUGAAUCGUCAAAUGACCGCAGACUUCCGGCUAUUGAAACAGGAUAUAAAAAGGAACAGUCAUCGACGUCAGACAUUUCAACGAUCACACCGGAACCGGAAGUGCAGCCAUUCAAAUCAAAGAGACUUUCUCUGAUGGACAAUGUCAAAUCAAUGGCAAACUAUAACAAGUGGAAGAAGCAGAAGUUGACUCGUCUUCGUCUCAGAAAAGAAGUGCCGGUCCCACAACCGCUUUCUGUCUGCUUUAGUUUCCGUGAUAACGCUAAGAGUCAUUCACAAGUGAAAGAUAUCGUUGAGAAACAGAUAGGAAGUUCCAUAACGAGGCUCCAGUUUGACCCCAUCUCUGUGCACGCGUUGGACAAUCAUGCAAAAAGUCGCUGGGUCGUGACCUUGGCCGACAAAGAAACUCGUGACUAUUUGCUCUCGAAUGGAUUGUUUGUUGACGGUGAGAAAACGGAGGUGAGAAAUCUAGAUGAGCUGAUGAGGGAGGAGGUAGAGGCGUAUAAGCUAUAUGAAAUGGUGCAGAAGGGACAGAUUUCUAUGCCCACUGUUAGUAUUCGACGCGUCAAGGUCAGACAGUGCGCGCGAAUUACAUGACCUCCAAAUGUCAAAGCAAGGUCACAAUUAAUUCACUGACGUCUUUUUCACGUCACGCCUCGAUCACAACGAUGCAUAUUUGAUGCAACUAUAAAUAUAUAUGGCAUUACAUUGUACUGCAAAGACUUCAAAUCAGGAACUGGCGUUUAUUGAGUUCGUUAGUUAUUCAAUGGAACUGCCUUAGAUAUUUUCUUUUAAGCUGACUGUCCAUGAAGGAAUAUUAUUUUCAAAUUGCUAGCUAAGAGAACUUUUGCAGAUAAUAGAGCACAGCUUAGCAUGCUAUGUCAGUGUUAAUUAUUUAAUCUUCCGUUUGUUAAUUAACUGCAUACAAUUAUUUAUUUAUAACGGUUUUGAACAGAUCGAUGACAUAUUAAAUAUAUGUAUAUAUUUUUUAUUCAUAUGAAUGUUACCGGCUCCAUGCUAUGCCACAAAAUUGCCGAUAUUGCACAAACACGUUCAUGUAAAAUUUGAUUUUAUAUAUUGUGCGAUGUGCGUAUGAGUACCUACUAACUGCUUAUCAGAGAGGGGGGAUAACUUUAUUACUUGGGCUAUCUAAACGUAAUUCAGGUAAGUUUUUUCUAAUGCAUCGCCCGCCCCACCAAAAUUCAUAACGGACAUGAGCUACACAUCCAACUUAAGUUUAUACACAUUAUCUGAAAACAAAUAAGUUUUGAAUGAAAUAUGUAGUAGCCUUGCUCAAGUUUGCGCUUUUUAUCGGGGACGGGCACCAAUUGAUUUUAACACAUGGCUUUUAGGCUUUCGCUGUAUUUAGUUUAAAAACAUGUUUUACUCUAGUUUGAAAAAAGAUUAUAAUAUUAUAAUUUAUGUUUGUAUUGUUCUUUUUUUUUUAAACAUUUGCCUUUGACAAACAUGAAUGAAAAUUGCUAUAUUUGUAUGAACAUUUACUACGCAAAUAGAUUGUGUUAUAGAUAAUUACUGUCUUUAUGGUUAUAAAUAUUGCGGAUUGCACUCUUUUCCUCUCUUGUGAAAUACUUGG